UGUAUAUAAGGCUGGAUGGGUCCUCGAGGACGCCCUCUGGAGUGUUUUUGGACCGCAGUCGGGUGCACUUCUAGGAAAAGGACCGAUUUUUCGAGGCAGACGAGGCCGAGGGAAUGGAUUCCGGGGACGAGCCAGAGGCGGCCGAGCAGCAGCGAAGGAAGAGACGAUGCCAACGGCACACGCCAAAACAGAUUCAAGCGCUGGAAGCGAUGUUUAACAUGUACCCGCACCCGGAUGAGAAGCAGAGGAUGCAGCUGAGCCGGGAUUUGGGCCUGGAGCCACGGCAGAUCAAGUUCUGGUUCCAGAACAAGAGGACUCAGAUGAAGGCACAGCACGAGAGGGCCGAUAACUCCACUCUCCGUGCCGAGAACGACAAGGUUCGUUGUGAGAACAUUGCGAUGAAGGAGGCUCUCAAGAACGCCAUCUGCCCAUCCUGCGGCGGGCCACCGACCGAUGGAGACUCUUCUCUCAAUGAGCAGAAGCUUUGGAUGGAGAACGUCCGAUUGAAGGAAGAGCUUGAUCGUGUCUCGAGCUUUGCAUCUAAGUAUCUAGGAAGGCCGAUUAGCCAACUUCAUUCGGACCAGCCAAUCUCAAUGUCUCCACCACAUCUGUCAAUGGGGGGCUACAGUAAUCAUGGGCCUAGCUCCUCCCUUGAUCUUCAUCUCCUCUCUGGAAGUUCAUCUACUGUCAUUCCAUUUCUUUUUCCUGCAGCAGUUUCAGAGAUCGAGAAAACUAUUCUGCUGGAUUUGGCGACCAGGGCAAUGGAAGAAUUGAUCAGGUUAGUGAAGACUGAUGAACCCCUCUGGUUGAAGGUUGGGCAUGAUGGGAGGGAGGUACUUCACCUGGAAACCUAUGAGAGGAUCUUCCCAAGGCCUGGCCAGCAGUGCAAGUACCCAGAUUUCCAUUCUGAGGCCUCAAGGGAUUCCGGCGUGGUGCUUAUGAAUUCCACACUAUUGGUCGAUAUGUUCGCUGAUGCGAGCGAGUGGGCGGAGCUAUUUCCUACUAUUGUUUCUAAGGCAAAGAACAUUGAAGUACUUGCGACUGGAAUUGCAGGCAGUAAGAGUGGAACAUUGGUGCUGGUAAUUACACAUCUCAUUUCCUUCUCGUUGUGA